AAGAAGAUUCUCCGGUGGUCCGGGAGGAGCAGUGCAAAACCGCAGCUGGUGCGUGGAGGAGGACACGGGAAUACGACGGACGGAUUGAAGCAAAGGUGAAAAAGUACUGAAACCCGAAAAAAGUAGUGUUGUCCGCAAGAGUGAAGAAAAGCUGCUAAUUUCGCGUUGUUCACCGCAAUUUCGGGCCUCGGAAUGUCCUCCCAGAUUGGCUGCCUGGAAGUGAAGUGUGCAGUUGGUGGAAUUUUGCGAGUGGAGAUGUAAUCGGGGGAUUUUUUCCUUUCCAUCCCAUGGUGGAGUGAUUUUUAAUGGCCGUGUUCGAUGAUAGUGGCAGCAGUAGUAGCAGUACCAACAACAACAACAACAGCAGCAGCAACAAUAUUAUUUGCAAGGUGAAAAACAGCAAUGGUAAAAUCGUUGUUGGAAGCAGCACCAGUUCCAGCAACAGCACUUCGACAACAAUUACUAGCAAAGGAGGAGGAACAGUUCCCAGUCUGUCGCUGUACGAGGACGGGAAUCUCCGGAUCAUGUCCCGGACCGACACGGACGAUACGGAUGACGAGCAGCAGCUCGAGGCGUUGGAUCCGGUCUCGCAGCUCGAGGAGGACCUGCGGAACAUCAAGUCCGUGAUUCACGUCACCCGGGAGAACAUCGAUGCGCUGAAUGCCAAGUUUGCCGACUUCCAGCAGCCGCCGGCCCUCUAUUUGGAGGAGUACCAGGAGCUGACCUCGAAGCUGCACGACCUCGAAACCAAGGAGCAGGAACUGAUGGAGCGGAAAAGUCAAAUGCAGGCCCAGGCCCUGGCAGCCCAGAGUGAGCGGGAAUCGACGAGUGAACCGAGCGAACCACCCGAUCCGGAGGAACGCGUCGAGGUCGACAGCAUGUGCGGCACACUCAGCCGCCAGUCCAAGAUGCUACUGCGGGCUCACUUACCAAAUCAGCAGCGAACAUCGGUCCAGGUGGUCCCCGGAAUGCGGUUGAAAGAUGCACUCGCCAAAGCUCUCAAGCGACGUAACCUUACCUGUGACAUCUGUGAGGUAACGUCGGCCAACAGCGAUUACCCGAUCCACUGGGACACCGAUGUGAGCAUGCUAAAUUGCGAGGAGGUGUUUGUCCGCAUUCUGGACAUCGGGUUUCCCACUUACAUCUCGCACCAGUUCAUUCGGAAGACAUUCUUCUCGUUAGCGUUCUGCGAGUGCUGUCGCCGAUUGCUCUUCACGGGAUUCUACUGCAAUCAGUGCAAUUACCGAUUCCAUCAGCGGUGCGUGGACAAAGUGCCGCUGGUGUGCAGUAAGCGCCACAUGGACAACACCUUCUAUCACCAUUUGCUGGCCAAUCCGGAGAGCACGGUAGGAAUAAUCAAUCCCGGCACCGGUGGCUACAACACUAGUCUGCGGCAUCCCCGUUCGCUCAACCAGCAGGACCGAUCUAAUUCGGCGCCAAACGUGUGCAUCAACAGUGUCAUGAAACCGCUGUUCGGCGCGGUAGACAACCGACCGUUGAUCAACUGCAGACCACUCCAGGUAGCCCAAGCUAACCAGGAACAUUCACAUUCCACUCAAGCAUCGCCAACGAACACGUUGAAGCACAGCAAACGUCCGAGGGCACGUUCGGCCGACGAAAGCAAUAAGAAUCUGCUCUCGCCACGGGACUCGAAGCAGUCCGAGGAGAACUGGAAUAUUCAAGCGGAGGAAAUCCUGAUCGGGCAGCGUAUCGGAUCCGGUUCGUUCGGAACGGUCUACAAGGCGCACUGGCAUGGGCCGGUGGCCGUGAAAACGCUGAACGUCAAAACACCCAGCUCGGCGCAACUGCAGGCGUUCAAGAACGAGGUCGCCAUGCUGAAGAAGACUCGUCACUGUAAUAUACUGUUAUUCAUGGGUUGUGUAAGUAAACCUUCGCUAGCGAUCGUUACUCAGUGGUGCGAGGGCAGUAGCCUCUACAAGCACAUUCACGUUAUUGAGACAAAGUUCAAAUUGAAUACGCUAAUAGAUAUCGCCAGACAGGCAGCGCAGGGCAUGGACUAUUUGCAUGCCAAAAAUAUCAUUCAUCGGGAUCUCAAAUCGAACAAUAUAUUCUUACAUGACGAUUUAUCGGUUAAGAUAGGAGAUUUCGGCCUGGCCACGGCCAAGGUUCGAUGGUCCGGUUCGCAGCAAUCUAAUCAACCGACUGGAAGCAUUCUCUGGAUGGCUCCAGAAGUCAUUAGAAUGAAAGAGGUAAAUCCCUACUCAUUCCAGAGUGAUGUUUACGCGUUUGGAAUUGUUCUGUACGAGAUGCUUACUGAACAGCUACCCUACAGUCACAUCAACAACAAGGAUCAAAUCCUUUUCAUGGUCGGCUGUGGCAAACUGCGACCCGAUCUGACCAACGUACGCUCUGAUUGUCCGCAAGCUCUCAAGCGUAUUGUGGAAGACUGCAUCAAAUUCAGCCGCGAAGAUCGGCCUCUUUUCCGGCUACUGUUGAACAUGCUCGAAAAUAUGCUCCGCACGCUGCCCAAGUUUCACCGCAGUGCGAGUGAGCCCAACUUCACCCAAACGCAGCUCCAAAAUGACGAUUUUCUCUAUCUUUGCUCCAGCCCAAAGACUCCGGUUAAUUUCCACAAUUUUCAAUUCUACAAUGGAACCGGCAAUAUCUAGCUUAUUCGCGCGGAUCUAAAAUCGGGAGCCACUACAUGAUAGUUCAAUGUUACUGGUAUUUGGAAGAAAGAUUCUCAUCACCAUUCUCUUGGAGAGCAUAAACCCCGUGAUUAGCACGUGGAUUGGAGCAAGUUGUGUUGUAAUGAUGGGUGAAGUUGAUGCCGCAUCUCCUAUUUCUGUCAGACUGGUGUAAAUAAUCACAUGGUUUCUCUUCUGAGGAGAGAAUAAAAUACGUUACACAUGAUACUAGAUUAUGCAAAAAUACGCUUCGCGGAAGACAAACAAGAGGUGUAAUCCCAUUCAUUUUCCAAGAGUGGCGCGGAGAAAUAAUUUAUCAUCGUUUUAAUUUGGAAUUAUUUCAAAAUCUGAUUAGGAAACUGUAUUCGAAAAGAGAUUGUAUUUUUUAUGCUAAGAGUCUAGGUUUACGUUAUGCUCUGUAAAUAUGAUUUAGCUUUAGUGGCUAUUAUGUGUACAAACAACCUGUCGAUGAUUUCAGUUAGUUAUUAGUUCAGUGGAAAGUAAUCAGCAGCUAUAAGAUUUGCGUCUUUUGCUCAAGAUCUGUUAUGCGCAACGUGAUGUUUAGUUAACGUUUUGACCUAAAUUUCCAUCAGCAAUUAUGCAAAUAUCGAAUAGCCUUUAAGGUAGUGUACGAACACACGAUAAGUUCCCCCCACCCUCCAUUACUAGCUAACUACGUUACUUAUCCAUCCAAGAAUUCCUGAUAGUGGUGCCAUUGAAAUGUGUAAAAUGUGUAAAAAUCCUGUACAAUCAUUUGAUAUAAUCAAGCAGAAUAACACUUGGGUUGAAUGAUCUCCUCUAACGGCUAUAAACACACUAGAUAAAAUGUUUGCGAUAUCGUUUGCAAUAUGGUCAUUCAGCAUCAAGUCGCUGAGAAAAGGUGAGACUCAAAUGAGGUUCGAACAUUUUCCUAAACUGAAAAACAGAGCUGGUAACAGUUUUUUUUGAGACUUGGUCACUAUUCUAAUGAAAGUCUCUAUUUUUGAAGGAUGGUCUCUUUUUAAACUCUUUUUAAACCAAAAGUUUUUUUUUUCAUUUUCUGCUUGCAGAAAAUCCUCGUGCAACAUUUUAGAAGCUCCCAGGGCUGGUAGCAGAUUUCUUUCGUGCACGAACUUGUCUAAUGAUCGUAUUCAAACGAUUGACUAUAAUUAAAACUUGAUUCUUUGCCCAAACGAACUAAUUUUGUCAGUACCUGUAUCAUUGUAUACCUUUGCUUGUGAAACAUCGGCAUAGUAGAUGCAAUCGAUUCCUACGUUCGAUUCGGCAUUAGACUCUCCAUUUUUUUCCCUCUCAUCCACGAUAACAAUCGAUUACACAUUUUCAAGCUCUUGCUGUAUAUCCGGUAUUAGAGUUUUCAUCGAACAUAAAAGAAAAAAUCAGUUUUAGUCUGUAGCAAGUGCAGCCGAAUCCCUGAAUCGGGGCUCGCAAUCGGGUUUCCGUACGAAUACGAAUGGAGAAAAUCGAAUUUAAAAGCAAACGAUUGUUAUGUCGUUAUCUAUGAAACAUGACCCGAUUGAACAAAGUUCGACUAAUGACGUUUAGAGAACCGACGACGAGCUAGAAUAAACGAACAUGACCCGGGACAUUGGUGAGGAUAUGAAGUCCCUACACACAACCACGUGUGAAAUGAAAACUGAUAACUCUUAAACUCGUAACAGCAGCCAGAAAUUCUACAUAUGUUUGUGAUGAAACAGUUUGCAUAUUAGGCGUAGCUUGAUCUGAUAUGAAACAUACGAAAAUCGAAAAAUGAGCUGAAAGUCUUUUUAAUAAAAAUAAAUAAUAAUAAUAAAUCCUACAAAAUGUAGAAUUUUGACCGAAAGCUUUACCGCCUGAUGUAGCAAUAAAUGAUCAAACAGAAGGAAGACAUCUCACCCACAUUAACUAUGAAUUUGAAUUUCAUGUGAACUUCGUAAAUGAGCCUUCAGAGGCGCCAGUAGUCCAUCGAUUCGACAUUCGCUAGUGUGAAUGCUGCUGAAUGAGUGUCAGACAAACUUUAAACUGAAAUCCAAAAUGGCCGAUAGUGUUUCGCGUGGCUCUGCCGAUAACCACGAAAUUAUCAUGUGUCGUACUUAUCAUAUCAGAACAGACUGCGCCGCCCAUAGCUACGUACCCGAGCGGAGAGAGAAUAAAUUCAUAAAAAACGAACGCUAAAUUUGACGCAACAUCCUGACUCUUCUACAUUCAUGGAACAAAACUAAACACUCGUUUUGCCUGACUUAACUGCUAAAGCAAAAACAAAAACCAGAAAUUUGAUUGCAAAAUAAACUAAGAUGGAUAUCAAAUAAAACAAA